AUGCUCCAUCCGCGGCCGCCAACGAUGAACUGGAGGUGGACUGGCGCGGUUCUCGCCCUCUUCACUGCAACCGCGUUCUCAUGGCCUUACGACGAGUCCCUCCUCGGCUACAACGUCAACGAGAACAAGACUGCGACCAAUCCCGCAGACUACUGGGGUGAAUGGCCGGACCACACCUAUUAUCCUUCCCCGGAAAACUGGCGCUUUCCUAUCUACACUCUGUUCCUCGAUCGUUUUGUCAAUGGCGACCCUACAAACGAUAAUGCUAAUGGAACCCAGUUCGAACAUGACCUCCGGUCGAAUCAGAUGCGACAUGGCGGUGAUGUGGCUGGUCUGUUGGAUACCCUGGAUUACCUGCAGGGUAUGGGAAUUAAGGCCAUCUACAUCGCUGGAACGGCGUUGAUGAAUCAGCCCUGGGGCUAUGACGGUUAUUCCGCGCUGGACACCACCGUCCUGGAUAAGCAUUACGCCGAUAUACAGACAUGGAGGAAUGCAAUCACCGAAAUCCACAACCGAGGCAUGUAUGUCAUUUGGGACAACACUCUGGCGACUAUGGGUGAUCUUCUUGGGUUCAAGGGAUAUCUGAACGAAACCACCCCGUUCUCAGUUCACGAAUACCCCGUCUUGUGGAAGUCGGAUCGUCAGUAUGUGGAUUUUCACAUCAACAAUGUGUGGAACGAUUCGUGUCCCUACCCUCGUUUUUGGAAUGAAACAGGCUAUCCUGUCGACUCCUAUGUCACCGAGGAAUUGAAAGGCUGCUACGACAGCGACUUCGACCAGUACGGAGAUGUUGAGGCUUUCGGUGUCUUUCCGGAUUGGCAGCGUGAGCUGUCCAAGUUCGCAUCAGUUCAGGAUCGUCUGCGUGAAUGGAUACCCAGCGUGCGCGAAAAGCUCAUCCGACACUCUUGUAUGAUGAUUGCCUCAUUCGACAUCGAUGGCUUCCGCUUUGACAAGGCCACUCAGGCCACACCGGAUGCUCUGGCAGACAUGUUGUCCGCCUACAGAGAGUGCGCCCGCAGAUAUGGAAAGAAUAACUUCUUCCUGCCCGGUGAAAUUACCGGUGGCAAUACCUUCGGUUCGGUUUUCCUAGGUCGCGGAAGACAGCCAGACAUGGUGAUUCCCGGUGACAACGCGAUUGUUGAGACGGUUACCCUGACAAAUGAGUCGAGCUCCGACCACUUUAUUCGUGAGGUUGACCAUAACGCUCUUGAUGGGGCCGCCUUUCACUACUCAGUGUAUCGCACACUCACCCGUUUUCUGGGUAUGGAUGGUAACCUCGCUGCCGGCUAUGAUACACAAACAGAUUGGACUAUCGCUUGGUCUGAAAUGCUGACAACCAACGACAUGAUCAACGCCAACACGGGUGUCUUUGAUUUCCGCCAUAUGUACGGCACAACCAACCAGGAUGUUUUCCGUUGGCCUGCUAUUAAAUGGGGCACGGAGAGGCAGCUUCUCGGUCAGUUUAUUACAACCCUCCAUCUCCCAGGCAUUCCACUGCUGCUUUGGGGAGAGGAACAAGCAUUCUACAUCCUUGACGCAACUUCUCCCAACUACGUCUAUGGACGUCAGGCCAUGUCCCCCAGCACAGCAUGGAUGAUGCAUGGUUGCUUCAACCUCUCAGCCAACCAGUAUUACCACUGGCCUGUUGACUCUGCUAGCAGGGGCUGCCAUGAUCCAACUGUUGCGUAUGAUCACAGGGAUCCCUCUCAUCCUGUUCGGAACAUCAUCAAGCACAUGUACCAGAUGCGGGAAGACUAUCCAUCAAUGAACGACGGUUGGUGGGUUCAAAUGCUCUCUAAACAGACCGAAUACGUCUACUACCCCGGUUCUGCCGACAUCCCCACCGAGACGGGCAUGUGGUCCAUCCUGCGUGGCCGUAACCAGGAACUACAGGACCUGGGAAGUGCGCAGGCCAACCAGUCAAUCUGGCUAGUGUAUCAGAACGUCAACCGCACGAUGUCCUACACCUUUGAUUGCUCGGACAGUAAUAAUUCGCUCGUUUCUCCCUUCCCCAGCGGCACGACCGUCCGGAACCUUUUCUAUCCCUUCGAUGAACUCGAGGUGAAGGACGGUCCAUCCGGUGACAACGGCUGCGUGGACACUUUGGAAUUGCAAAGAUACGAAUUCCGCGCCUAUGUUCCCAAGGAUGUGUGGAAGGGUCCUCGUCCUAUGAUCACCGGGUUUACUCCCGGCCAUGACGCUCCCUUACGGUCAACUGUUGCGCCUAAUGAGGAUGAAGACGUUGAGAUCGCCUUUUAUUUCUCUACAGAAAUGGACUGCGACUCUGUCACCAAGUCCAUCUCCCUGAAUUCAUCCACUGAAAGCGGCAAGGUUCCGGCCCUGGACACGAAAAGCGUCUCCUGCAAAACUAUCACACCGACCAACACAACUUUCAUUGGGCAGAUACCUAGUACAUGGGUCUGGUCUGGGAAACUGACUGGGGUAUACAACGGUGUUCACCGGGUUACUGUGAAUAACGCAUCCAGCACAUCCAGCGGUAAUAGUACUGGCUACACUAACGCGAAAGAUCACUUUCUGUUCCGGAUCGGUCAACAUGAUAACCCAAUUAUUUUCCCGACGGCGGCAAACUAUUCGAGCAGUCUCCUUCACCAGGCGGGGAACGGAUCUCUCUUCAUCCGACACCAUGCUGCAGGCGCUGAUAUGUAUCGGUAUUCCACGAACUGGGGAAGUACCUGGUCCACCUGGAUACCCUACACGGGUGGAAAUACCACUAUUGAGGAACAGCCGUGGUCUGGAGCAAAACAUCAGAAGUGGCAUGGGAAACAUGUAACCGUUGAGUACUGGAGUAAACUGACCGGUAGCAGCGAUUAUAUCCAGGAUGGUGAUUUGAACUGGGGAAAUAAGCCCCCACGACGCUUCCCGCACAUGUUUUUCAACGGUCCCUAUAACCAGUACGGUUACGAUGCAGGCCUGGACAAUGAGAUGAAGCAGGACCCCGAUGAUGGGAUUUGGAAAUUUAGAUUCAUGGCCGAAUGGCCUGCACAGGGCCAAAUUAAUAUCUGGGGCAUUAAUCCGGAUGGCAAACCCGAUCAGACCGGUGUGUACGGAGACGUUGAUUCGGAUAGCAUUCUCGAUCGGCUCCCUCCAUCUUCCCUAAGUGCUACGCUCAUCAACAUCACCCACCCCCCACCGAAGCCUCAUCUGGCAUGGAAUAUUUUUGUCAAUGACGGAACUAUGCGCUUUGACCUUUAUCCGACUGGUUCUCAAUCUCUUCAGUUGGCCUUGUACCUCCUCAUGUGGAUUGUACCGGCGUGCACCUCAGCCGCAGUUGUGUAUACGUUUAUGAAGUCCUUCUACCGUGUCAAGGUAAACGAGACUGGCGUGACUGAGGAGAAGGCCCACAUCCCCUUGAUCAUUAGGCGGAAGUUAAAGAAAGGCAAUCUCGAGGACGGUGAGGCGAUGAACCCGCUGAUGCGUCUGGCCAAUAAAUCUGGGAUAUUCCAGAGCACGUCGGCAUUUGGUACUGUAACGAAUCACCGGCGCAUGGUCUUGAUCGCAACUAUGGAGUACAACAUUGAAGAUUGGGCCAUUAAAAUUAAGAUCGGUGGUUUGGGUGUCAUGGCACAAUUGAUGGGUCAAUGCCUGGGACAUCAGGAUCUGAUUUGGGUCGUCCCCUGUGUUGGCGGAGUGGACUAUCCUAUUGACCAGCCUGCUGAACCAAUGUUUGUUACGGUUCUUGGGAAUUCAUACGAGGUUCAGGUGCAGUACCAUGUGGUUAAGAACAUCACAUAUGUUCUUCUGGAUGCACCUGUUUUCCGUCAGCAGUCCAAAUCAGAUCCCUAUCCAGAGCGCAUGGAUGAUUUGGACAGUGCCAUUUACUAUUCUGCUUGGAAUCAGUGUGUGGCACUGGCAAUUAAACGAUUCCCCAUUGACCUGUACCACAUUAAUGACUACCACGGCUCCCUCGCUCCCCUGUAUCUCCUCCCACAAACUAUUCCUUGCUGCUUGUCACUCCACAAUGCCGAAUUCCAAGGUCUCUGGCCUAUGCGCACCCAGAAAGAGAAGGAGGAAGUUUGCGCUGUUUUCAACAUCGACAUUGAAACCGCUACCCGCUAUGUACAGUUUGGUGAGGUUUUUAACUUACUCCAUGCUGGCGCAAGCUACCUUCGUGUUCAUCAGCAAGGAUUUGGUGCUGUGGGUGUUUCUAAAAAGUAUGGUAAACGGUCUUACGCUCGGUAUCCCAUCUUUUGGGGUUUGAAGAAGGUUGGAAAUUUGCCCAAUCCUGACCCGUCUGAUACCGGUGAAUACAACAAGGAACUCCCCAAGGAGAGCGAUAUCAAGGUGGAUGCCGAUUUUGAGAGCCGCCGAGGAGAACUGAAGCGUCAAGCCCAGGAAUGGGCCGGCCUUGAACAGAACCCUGAUGCCGAUCUUUUGGUCUUCGUUGGCCGUUGGUCUAUGCAGAAGGGUGUUGAUCUUAUUGCGGAUGUCAUGCCUGCAGUCUUUGAAGCCCGGCCGAAUGUUCAGUUGAUCUGUGUUGGUCCAGUUAUUGAUCUUUAUGGUAAAUUUGCAGCUGUCAAGCUAGACCGCAUGAUGAAGCUAUUUCCUGGCCGUGUGUUCUCCAAACCCGAGUUCACCAACUUGCCGCCCUACAUUUUCUCUGGAGCCGAAUUUGCCCUGAUUCCUUCCCGCGAUGAGCCCUUCGGUCUGGUUGCUGUCGAGUUUGGUCGUAAAGGAGCUCUCGGUAUCGGUGCACGCGUUGGUGGUCUUGGCCAAAUGCCUGGUUGGUGGUAUACUGUUGAGUCAUCAGCCACGUCCCAUCUUCAGCACCAAUUUAAGCUGGCCAUUGAAAGCGCUCUGAACUCGAAGCAGGAAACCAGAGCUAUGAUGCGUGCUCGUUCGGCCAAGCAACGUUUCCCCGUGGCACAGUGGAUUGAGGAUCUGGAAAUCUUACAGUCUACUGCAAUUCGCAUCCACACCAAGGAACUCACGAAAAACCAUGGUCAGCUCUCGACGCCAUCUGGAUCCACCACACCUGGAGGAGCAAUGACUCCUCCGGUUGCACAAUCAGGAUUCUGGAGCCCUCUCGGCGGUCAGCAUGCUCCUAUGCUUCAUUCCAGAGAGCCUAGCUACACCGGCUCCUCGACCAACCUAAGUACUUUCGGCCCACAACUGAGAAAUACCAUUGUUUACAGCAGGGACCCAAGCCCUGGCAGUGAGAACAAGCCUGCUACAGGACUCAACCGACAGCUAUCCCUUGGUGUGCGAUCGGGUCCCGGCCAUUUGGCGGAACGUCGUGGGCGGCCGAGAACAAGGAAUGAAGAGAAUAUUGGUGUUGCAGUCACAGAUCCUGGGACAGAUGCUGAGGAUGAAAGUGACGAUGACAUGCCCAGUUAUUACGGAGACGACGAGUACACAUUGAUCCACGAGCAAGCCGAGGCAGGGCGACGAAUGGAAGCGGCCAAUACUGCAUCCAGAGGUUUCCUCAGCACCCGCAAUUCUAGCUUUGGCUCUGCGCAAGGCAGAGUUAUCAGUGCAGCAUCAACGCCAGGUACAGAGGAUGGUCUCCUUUCUCCAGUGCGGCCGUUUGCAACGCCUGGUGUUCGACUGAGUAGUGCGUCCGAGCUCUCCGUCAACUCCGUUGUUGGAGACAAGAAGGAUUUCAAUCUCCAAAAAGUCGACCCGUUCUUCACAGAUGCUUCGGGAGAAUUCUACAGAGAGUUCGAGAGGAAACUUGAGGACUUGAACGGAUCCAAUUCCGAGACACAACUGUGUAUCGAGGAUUAUCUCACCAAGAGUAAGAAGAAAUGGUUCAACAGGUUCAGGGAUGCAAGACUUGGUCGCAAUCAAUCGCCGUCUCCCUCACUUAUCCGGUCCAAGCGUGGUCCAUCUCCUAUUGGCUCGUACAUCAACGAGGAUUCGAGUUCCAGGGGCAGCGGUGGCGAUGAGAACAAGGAAGCCGACGAAUUCUUGCUUGGGGAAGAUUAUGUCCCGCCGACAGGUUUGAAAAAAUGGAUGCAGCUUCGUAUCGGUGACUGGCCAGUAUACUCCCUCUUCCUUGGUCUGGGACAAAUUAUCGCCGCCAAUUCGUAUCAAAUUACCCUGCUCACGGGCCAAGUUGGUGAAACCGCCGAGAAGCUCUACGGAAUUGCGACAACAUAUCUAAUCACUUCCAUCCUCUGGUGGCUCUGCUUCCGCUGGUUCAAGUCUGUCGUCUCCCUGUCUCUCCCGUGGUUUUUCUAUGGCCUUGCUUUCCUCCUUAUUGGUGUUGCGCACUUUGAGCCCAAUUCCUUCAAUCGCGGCUGGAUUCAGAAUAUAGGAAGUGCCGUCUAUGCGGCUGCCUCCUCAAGUGGUUCUGUCUUCUUCGCACUGAACUUUGGUGACGAGAGCGGUGCGCCUGUGAAAGAAUGGGUGUUCCGAGCAUGCCUUAUCCAGGGCACGCAGCAAGCUUAUGUCAUUGCUCUUUGGUACUGGGGUUCGACCCUCACGAAACAGACUGCCGACGGAUCAAUUGCCGCGCAUGGCACUGUUGCAGACACAUGGAAAAUGACCGCUAUUUGUAUACCCAUCUGCGUCUUCCUGUGGGCUAUUGGGCUGCUUCUUUACUUUGGCCUGCCGAACUACUACCGCCGGACGCCAGGAAAGGUUCCUUCUUUCUACGCGUCUGUUCUCCGUCGUAAGAUUGUUCUCUGGAAUUGGGUCGUUGUCAUCAUACAGAACUUCUUCCUGAGCGCGCCGUACGGGAGGAAUUGGCAAUUCCUUUGGACAUCUAGCCAUGCGCAUCGUUGGCAGAUUGUCAUUCUCUGUAUCGUAUUCUUCGGCGUCGUGUGGGCAGCGAUCCUAUUCGUGUUGAGCUACUUCUCUCAACAACAUAGCUGGAUGUUGCCUGUUUUUGCUUGCGGUCUUGGUGCCCCCCGUUGGGCUCAGAUCUGGUGGGGUACCUCUGGUUCAGGCCUCUACCUCCCAUGGGCUGGCAGCUACCAAGCGGGAGCCCUUGUAUCUCGCAGUCUUUGGCUCUGGCUCGGUGUGCUUGACGCUGUACAAGGAGUCGGAUUUGGUAUGAUCCUUCUCCAAACGCUGACUCGAAUGCACAUCUGUUUCGCUCUCCUUGUUUCCCAAGUCAUCGGUUCAAUCGCAACAAUAUGCGCGCGAGCGUUCGCUCCGAAUAAGAUUGGUCCUGCGGGCAUUUCUCCGGACAUCUCAGCAGGUAGCAGCGCGAUCGCGAAUGCCUGGUUCUGGAUUGCGCUCUUCUUCCAGAUCGCUGUCUGUGCUGGAUUCCUAUUAUUCUUCCGCAGAGAACAGCUCUCCAAACCCUAGUCCAGAGCGUGCAGUUGGAUUGAACAGAAGCGAACUCCACGAACAAUAUCCGACUUUGCACCAUAUAAUGAAUCUUCUUAUAUAUACACUAAUAUGCCAUGUGUCACAUUACCAUUUUGGCUUUCCCCAUCCCUCGGUGUGCAUUUGGUCGGAUUUGCAGAUCUAUCUCAUUGCUUAGUUAUAUUUUUGCAUCCAUUCAUCAACAUCACAUUGCCGCGGGCAGAAUAAGAUAAGAUGAAGAAACGACACUUACUCAAGCCUUCAUUGAUUCUGGGUUUCCUGGGUUGCAGCGCUCCUUUUCUGGAUUUUUUAUUUCUAUCAUUUAAAUUCUUUUUCUUCAUAUCUCUUUUGGGUAUUGUCCUGACAUGUCGUGUCUUGACUUACUUUUUUGGUCUUUCCUUUGAUGAUUGGAUCUAUUUACCUUCUAUAUACACUUUUUUGCUGAUGAUGAAGGGAUGGGAUGGGAUUGACAGGAAGGUGAAAUGGUAAUUUUCUGGAUAAUGCAAUGUACUGUACUAGUUAGUGCUUGGUACAGGCUCUGUACAAUAUUAUUUAUGCCACCUUUCUUUUCUUUACCGGGGAUGUAAAUAGAUUCUGCAGUGUUCUUACUUGGUCUAGGUAUUAAUUAAUUAAUCAUCCAUGCAGAGUGAAAAGAAAAGAUAAACGGCUUAUGGACGAUGAUGAUCUUAACUGAUCCUGUCUUCGAAGGUUAUAUCCGGCUUCCAGAAAUAGAAGUGGUCGAUA